AUGGGGAAGUCAGCUAUUGGAAUUUGGGGAGGAGGAGAGUCAGGAAAAACAGCCUUAGCAACCCAUAUACAUCAUGAGCUUAUUCGUAAUGACAUUAAAGUUAUUUGGGUAACUGUAUCACAAAAUAGCAUCUUGCAUUUGCAAAAAGUGAUAGCCAAAUCAAUUGAUUUGGAUAUAUCUGAUGAGUAUGAGGUUAAAACAAUUGCCCUGAAAUUAUUUCAAGCAUUCAAAGAGAUGAAUAAAUGUGUUAUUAUUUUAGAUGAUGUUUGGGAUCAUUUUUUACUACGGGACAUUGGAUUUCCCAUAUCAAAUGAUCGAAUUAAAUUGAUUUUGACUACCCGUAUAAGGGAAGUGUGUCAAGGUAUGGAUUGUGAGAAGGUAAUAAAAGUGAAGCCUCUAGAUGAAGAAGAUAGUUGGGCUUUGUUUGUUGAGUUUUUGGGAUUAUUCUAUAAGGAACUGUCUUCGGAAGUGGAAAAUAUUGCACGGAAUGUGGCACAAAAAUGUGAGGGUUUUCCCCUAGCUAUUGUUAGAAUCGCGACAAGCAUGAAGGGGAAAACAGAAGCUAGAGAGUGGAGACAUAUGUUGGAAUGUCUUGAAAACUUGGACAAUGGGCAAUAUGAAAUGGACAAAUGGGUAUUUCCAGUUUUGAGAUCUAGCUAUGAUUUCUUAAUUGACGAAUUCCAAAGAUUCUUCCUAUAUUGCAUCUUAAGUACCGAUGGAAAUUUUGAUAAUGACGAUGCUGAUCAUUUGAUAAGAAGAUUUGUCUAUGAAAGCAUUGAUGAGAGAAAGAAGUUGGGGGUGCAGUAUAACGAAGGCUGGAACAUGUUACGUAAAUUAAAGAAUCAUAGCAUGUUGGAUUAUGAUGAUGUUGGUUAUUGGAUGACAAACAAAUUCCUUAGAGUCCUUGCUGUUGGUAUUGCGGAAGAAACUGGUAAAAUUAUGAGAAAAGCUUCUGAGAAGUUAACAGAAAUACCAAGUGAUGACCAGUGGAAAGAAGAUCUACAAAAAGUUUUUCUGAUGUGGAAUGAGAUACAAACAAUUCCAGAUGGCACAUGUCCUAGGUGUUCUCAACUUUCUACAUUGCUUUUGAACCACAAUGCAAAACUCAACUAUAUCUCAGACGAUUUUUUUAACAACAUGCCUACUCUUAAAACACUUGACUUGUCUGAGACUGGAAUCAAGCGUUUGCCCAGAUCGGUGUCUAGCUUGGAAUGUCUCACAGCAUUGUUACUUUCAGGAUGUAGAAAAUUGAGUUUCAUUCCAUCAUUAAGAAAAUUGAAACGGUUAAUAUCAUUGGAUCUAUUUUUUACUGCCAUCAGUGAAGCACCUGUGGGCUUGGAAUCAUUGGUCAAUCUUAGAUACCUGAAUCUGCUCCAUACAGAUAAGCUGGUAAUGUCAAUAUCUCUCAUAUCCAAAUUGACCAAUUUAGAGCAUCUUGAGCUGGGUGGUCCCCUAUACAAAACAGACGUGACAGUACAAGACAUGAAGGAGUUGGAUAUGAUUAAUUGCCAGCAAGGGACAGGUGCUGGACCCCUAUGUACUGUUUUAUCAUAUGGCCACAACAAUAAUCCACACCAAAUUGAACUGUUGGAUAUUUGCCUCUAUGAUGAUGUGGAGUACUUGUGGUGUUGCAAUUGCCCCUUUUGCUGCUCUUUCCAACUUGUUGGACGUCUAAGACUCUCUGCUUUGAACAAACUGAAAAGUUUUGUGUCACCACAUGCUGAUUCCUUGCAUCAAUCCACCCUAUUUUCUCAUCUCACAGAUCUUGAAAUUCAGGAUUGCGACAGCAUGGAGACUCUGAUCGCGUUUGAGUUAGCAGCACUCCUCCAAAACCUGCGCACCAUUUGUGUUCGUAGUUGUGAGGAGAUGAAAGAAAUAUUUGGAGAGGAUCAUUCUGUACCGGAACUUGUUGGUGUUGACGAACUCAUGGCCCUUCUGCAGAACAGCUGUUUGCCCCCUAGUAUUGAACUUCCCAGGUUGACAUCUCUUGAAUUAUUUGACAUGCCACAAUUAGAUCUCGUAUACAGAGGCAUCAUGAUCUGCCCUUCUCUCCAAACAUUCUAUUCUGAAUCCUGCAAUCAAUUAAGACCCCCUCAGAGAGUGAACUCCAAUAAUGUUGAUGAUGAAUAUACUUCAUGA